UAUAUGCUUCCUCUAGGCAAUAUUAUUAGGAAACACUCAAUUAACUUUCACUGUUAUGCGGAUGACACCCAAUUAUACUUGUCAAUCAAACCAGACGAAACCAGUCAGCUAGCUAAAUUUCAAGCGUGCAUUAAAGAUAUAAAAUCCUGGAUGACCUAUAAUUUUCUGAUGUUAAACCCUAACAAAACUGAAGUUAUUGUACUGGGACCUAAACACCUCAGAACCUCAUUAUCUAAAGACAUAGCUACUCUGGAUGGUAUUGCCCUGGCCUCCAGCACUACUGUCAGAAAUGUAGGGGUUAUUUUUGAUCAGGAUAUAUCCUUUAAUGCCAAUCUAAAACAAACCUCAAGAACAGCCUUUUUUCAUCUUUGUAACAUUGCCAAAAUUAGGAAUAUCCUGUCUCAAAACGACGCUGAAAAACUAGUCCAUGCAUUUGUUACAUCCAGGCUGGACUAUUGUAAUUCCCUAAUGUCAGGUUGCUCAAAUAAGUCCCUUAAGACUCUCCAGCUGAUCCAGAAUGCUGCAGCGCGUGUUCUCACAAGAACUAAGAAAAGAAAUCCUAUUUCUCCUGUAUUAGCUUCUCUGCACUGGCUUCCUGUUGAAUCCAGGAUUGAGUUUAAAAUCCUUCUCUUGACCUACAAAGCUCUAAAUGGUCUAGCACCAUCAUAUCUAGAAGAGCUCCUAAUACCCUAUUGUCCCACUAGAGCACUGCGCUCCCAGAAUGCAGAGUUACUGGUGGUACCUAGAGUCUCUAAAAGUAGAAUGGGAGCAAGAGCCUUUAGUUAUCAGGCUCCUCUCCUAUGGAACCAGCUCCCGAUCUGGGUUCGGGGGGCAGAAACUGUAAUCGCUUUCAAGAAUGAACUUAAAACUCUUCUAUUUGAUAAAGCUUAUAGUUAG